CCUGGUGAUGCAGCCUUACAAGUGUUUAAGUAUGAUGGUAGUAUGGGUGAUUUUGGAUCUUAUCUGGACUCUGAUAUGUCGUUGAUGGAACAAGAGGAUGAACUCGAAAUUCUUAAAGCUGAUCCGUGUGUUUUGCUCACUUUUUUUGAUCUCUUUCCGUUGAUCAACNGUGCUGGUUCAUUUGAGCCAAUUGAAGAGCACGAAUAUUCGACAUGA